AUGGAGUGCUUUUAUGUCUCUGCAGUGGCAGGCCAGGCGCCCUCGCCCGGCGGCCCGAGCUCGGCCGCCCUCGCCCUGGAGACAGGCCCCGCCCCGGGCCUCGCUCCCGGCGCCGGCUCGGCUGGGAGCGGCCACGGUCCGCUCCCGGGAGUUGUCCACAAGAGCUGGGCGGCCGAGCCGACCGCGGCCUCCGUGGAGCACGCGGCCGGCGGCCGUGGCAAGCUGUCGCGCGCCGGCGCGCCCCCCGGGGGCGACGCGCCGGCCCUGCGGAUGCCCGACGGGAUCACGGGGCACGCGGCGGCGGCGGUGGCGGCGGCGGCGCGCCGAACCCCGCCGAGAGCGUCAGCCACGGCGCCCGCGCUGCUGGCGGCCAGCUCUGGGGGCGGCGGGGGCCGCGACGACGUGUCGCUUCUGGGCGUCCAGGGCAGAGGCGGCGGCGCGGGGGCAUCCGCCAGGGGCGCGGCGAAGGCCGUCGCUUCCGCGCCGCUGCAGAGGCGGGCUCUGCGAGUGGUGGUGCAGGUCAGUGGCGACGUCUCCCUCCGGAGGCUCUGCGACGCGGCGCUGGAGUACAAGAGCUGGCGGCGCUGGAUCGGCGCCAAGCUGGCCGUGGAGACGAGCAGAGGCUUGGCGAAGGAGGCUCUGGGCCCGCUGGUGCUGACUCUGCUCGACGACGAAGCAGAGAGAGCCUGCGAGCACUUGGAGCUCGCGGACAUCGAGAAGGAAGGAGGCGCCGAUCUGAUCUUCCAGGCCCUGGAAGAGCGCUUCCCCGACAAAGAGGCCAGCGACAGGAUCGGCGACGGCCUGGAGAGUGUCUUCGGGCUGGCCAUCGAGCGGGGCGAGACAUCCUCGGCGUGCACGGGAAGAGCGAGAACGAUCUUCGCCAAGGCGAGGAUGGAGGGGGUGGAGCUCCCUUCGGUGGCCCAGGGGUUCCUGCUCUUGAAGGGGGCCCGGCUCGGCAUAGAGCGGAGAGCGGUCGUGCUGGCGGCCAGUCAGCGCCAGUGGGGCUUCUCCGAGAUGUCGGCCGCCAUCCGGACCGCCUACCCCAAGCAGAUGCCGACGUCCCAGGUCCACGAGGUGAACGCCUGGGAGGACAGGUCCGCCACCGCACCCACGGCCUCGGCAGCGGAGGCGACAUCGACGAUCGAGGAGGAUGACGUUGAGGCCGAGAUAAAUGAGCUGCUUGGGGAGGAAGAUCCCAUUGACGAGGAGGACGCGAUCGACAUACUGGCUACGUGGAAGGAGACGAGGACUGCAAUGACCAAGGAGAAACUACAACGGGGACUACCCGGACGCGAUGCAGUGGGGCUAAAGCGAUUGAAGGAUAAGGUCCGCUGCUUCCUGUGCAAAGAGAUCGGCCACUUCAGCCGGGAGUGUCCGAAACGACACCGAUCACAACAGGGUGGCCAGAAGCGUUUCAUGCAGAGAUCCUUCAAUCAGGGACAGCGAGCAGUACGACAGGAAGCGGCGGUUCAGGUGAUGGUGACUCAGCCGACGAUGGCACAUGAAGAUGACGAGUGUGCAUGGUCUGAGAUCGACGUGCUGAUCGCCUCAUGGUCGAGAGACAAGCAGCCGAACCUCAUCACCAAGCUGACGAACGAGGAGAGGUUCAGACGGCUGGCGCACGAGAGGCGCGAGACGGAGCAGGACGCCGAUGCGGACGAGAUCGACGAGGCUGACGGAGAUGAGGACACCGUCGAGGCGUGCGCGUGUCACGCUCCAGGCUGUGGCGCCCUGGACUCCGGUUGUGGCAUGGCCCUGAUCGGUUCGGAGACUCUCGAGGAGUACGAGAAGGAGACGGGCCUGAAGCCGGAGUGGGAAGAGGAUGUACCGAGCGUCAGAUUCAAGAGCUACGACGGGAAGCUCAGGAGGUGUCAGGAGGCGUGCUGGAUCCAGUGGCACAUCCCUGCGGCCAAGAAGCGGGUGAAGAUCCUGGUCUACGUGAUCGAGGGCAAGGCCGGACUCCUGAUCAGCAAGCAAGUGAUGAAGAUGCUCCAGGCGAACUUGGACAUGAGCAAGAAUCGACUGUGGCUUGGCCGGCUGGACACGUCAGCCAGCGAGGACAUCAGCGUCCAGGUCCUCGCCGUGAAGAACCAGGUGCCCGGGGUGAUGGAGAUCUUCUCGCCCCCGCGGGUGUGCCCGCAUGCGCCCGACUACGGGGUGCGCGACCUCGGGUCGUUCGACAAGGUCUCGGGCUGGGGCGCUCGCCAGCCCCAGGACGUGCAGGAGCUGUGGGAUAGGCCCAAUGGGCCGAUAUUCGUGAAAGCACCCAGGGAGCACACGCCAAAGGGCCAUCACCCGGACCAGCUGUACGAACUUGUGAACGGCUACGGCGGUGUGGACCAGCCGCAGCGGUGGUUCUCGACUUUUAAGCGGUAUGCUGAGGAGAUCGGCUUCGUGGUCUCGUCAAGCGACCGACUGCCGACUCCCACGCCCUCGGUCGCCUGUGCAGUGGUGGGUCAAAUGGUAGGCUUUACAGCGCGCGGGGAAGCCCACGCGGCGCGAAGCUUCCUCCAGAGUCUCACGGAUGCAGAGACCAGCUACCCGAACAUCGUCGGUUGCGUAGCGGCCGACCGUAAGAUGACAGUGAAGGUGCCAGCUGGAGUCCUAGACACGGGCCUGAAGGCGAGUCGACACAUGAGAGUGACCCUGACAUACCAUAACAACACGAACUACGUCCAGGUGCUCACCGGAGCUGCCAUCGAGGACUCGAUGAUCCGCCAGGUCAUGCGCUUUCCCCCGUAUGAGGACGAGGGUAAGGGCACAGAGGCGGGCAGUUCAAUCAAGAAGGAGGAGCCGAGGGAGGAUGCCGGAUUCAUCAAGGUCGAGAUGCCAGACUUAUUGAAGGAGGGCCCGGCGUACCAGGAGGCGCUCUCGACCACAGUGUUGGCGGUCAUCGAGCGGAUGUCCAACUACCCCGAUCAGCGUGGUGCGCUGCUGCGGGUGAUGAAGACCAGCUUCGGACUCGAGAUGACGGCCUUGGAGGCGGAGCGCCAGGACUCCUACGACCGUGAGCAGAAGGCGUACGCGAGGCGCGCGCGCCCGACCACCUCCGGCUGA